AUGGCGAUGUCGGCGAAGGAGAGGAAGCUGAGCAGGCUCGGGAGCUGUAAGGUUACUGCAGCGGUAGGAAGUGGCGGCGGCGGGGAUUCCCCUGCCGCGAGGGGCCACCGGUCGCCGGCGGCGGCGGCGCCGCCGCAGCGGCGUGUCUUCGCGGCGCUCUUCGCGUUCCUGUGCGCCGGCGUAGUCGUCCUCGUCGGCGUGCACGUCAUUGGAGCAUCGUUCCGGCCGGUGCUCACGACUGCGUGGCCGUCGGCGACCCUGAACGCCAUUUCCUCUGAUGCCAGAGCGCAGCAAGCUGGCAGCAGCGCCGACACCGUGUUGCCGUCAGUCCAAAUCCAGCACGCGGUUGCCUUUCCGGACCGUGUUCUCCUAAUCCUCAAGGACGAGUCGUCGCUGCCAGCUCCUCAGCGGUUUGAGUGCUUGUACUCCCCUGCCAACUUUUCGGAGCUGCGCCGACCACCCCUCUUGGCCACCUCCUUGCCUGAUGGACCCAGCCUCGUCCAUUGCCCUGCCGAGCCAUCUGGUGUGGAUGUCUCUUUGUCACUGUCCCUGUCACCUCCGGUGGCGCCGCUACAAUGGGACAGGCUUGUGUACACUGCACUUGUCGACAGCAGGGACAACUCCACCAUUGUGUUCGCCAAGGGGAUGAACCUACGGCCAGGCCGUUUGGGUGUGGCGUCGAGGUAUCAGUGUGUCUUUGGCCGUGACCUGUCAAAGCCAAAGCAUGUGCUCACAUCCCCUGUGAUUUCUGCUGCACAAGAGAUUUUCCGGUGUGUGACACCAGUUCGCAUUCGCCGGUAUCUCAGGAUGACAACUGAUCCCAAUGGCAAUGGCAAUGGAGAUAGUGAUGGCAAGCCUAUGUUGGUCUCCAUCAGGACGAAAGGACAAAGAGACUCUACGCCGCCCUCAAUUGCUGAACCUGAGCCACUUCCUCGGUAUAACAGGCAUCGACGGCAAAAGGCACACUCAAUGUGUGUAUGCACCAUGCUUCGCAACCAGGCAAGGUUCCUCCGGGAAUGGAUCAUCUACCACUCACAUAUCGGUGUGGAACGGUGGUUCAUCUAUGACAACAACAGUGAUGAUGACAUUGAUCAGGUCCUCAGUACCAUGGAUCCAUCAAGGUAUAAUGUGACACGCCAUCUGUGGCCAUGGAUGAAGUCUCAGGAGGCUGGCUUUGCACAUUGUGCUCUUAGGGCCCGAGAGAGCUGUGAGUGGGUGGGGUUCAUCGACAUCGACGAGUUCUUGCACUUCCCUGGCAACCAGACUCUACCAGAUAUUCUCCAGAACUACUCAGACAGGCCACGGAUCGGUGAGCUCAGGACUGCGUGCCACAGCUUUGGUCCCUCAGGUCGGACUAAAAUUCCCAAGAAAGGCGUUACAACAGGUUACACCUGCAGGCUCGCUGCACCAGAGCGCCACAAGUCAAUUGUCAGGCCGGACGCACUAAACCCAUCACUCAUCAAUGUGGUGCACCACUUCCAUCUGAAAGAAGGCGUGAGGUAUGUGAACAUUGGUCAGAGUGCGAUGCUCAUCAACCACUACAAGUAUCAAGUUUGGGAGGUGUUCAAGGAUAAGUUUUCUGGGCGUGUCGCGACCUAUGUUGCUGAUUGGCAGGACGAGGAGAACGUUGGAUCCAGGGACAGGGCACCAGGAUUGGGGACCAAGCCGGUGGAACCAGAGGAUUGGCCGCGUCGGUUCUGUGAAGUAUAUGAUACCGGUCUUAAAGAUUUUGUGCAUAAAGCGUUCACAGAUCCAGCCACUGGAAGUCUUCCAUGGUAG